CAGCUCCCAACCGUCUGACAGAGAACUCUAUGCUUUAACCGAAACGGAAGGAGAAGGAGCGAGACGGGGGCCAGACAGUGCGGGUUCAGCUCCCGGCUGCCGUAGUGUCCGGCCGCGUUAUAACGGGGGCAGCUGGGAGGGAAAGGCGCUCCAGCGAGGGAAGACCGAAAUCUCCUUUUCCCGCUGUUUGCGGACCGCCCCUCCCUCCGGCCUCCCUUCCUUGACCCCAUCCUCAAUCCGGUGGAGCUGCGCGGAAAAGCGGUCCCGCAGACGAGGGCCUCGCCCUUACUGUCCCGCCCUGUCCGCCCGCCCUCCUCGCCCCUAGGAAAACGCGACAGCUGCACCUGCCAACCGUCCGUCCUGCCCCCCGAAGGGAGAUUAGGUUGGGGACGGGGGAAGGAGGCGGAGGGAAGCCGGGUCGGGCCGGGCAGGGCCGAGCGAGAUGGAAAACUUUUCCUCCAUCAGUAGCUCCCAGCGGACCCGGGACAACUUUCUCGGCGAAGAUGGAGAAGGUCAGCGGAGGCCGGGGCUGCAGGGAGCCAGACUCGGAGAGGGUCAGGGCGGCUAGGAUUGGCAGGGAGAGGAUAGGGGGCCGUCGGGUGCCGGGGUGGAGGGGGUGGCUCCCAGCGUUGGGUCACUACUAGCCUCCUUGCCACCGGCCAAUUGAUUUACCAGUGAUCCGUCAAAAAGAGAAGCUUGGGAACCCGGCGGGCCGCGCACAAUGCCCACAAUGCCCGGCCCUGCCCGUCUCUUCACCCCUUUCGCCACGCGGCACCAGCCCAGACAAAUUUUCUGCGCGCGCGCACACACACACACACACACACACACACAACAUUCACAAUCACAUAUACGACACACACACACAACACUCUAAAACCCAAACACGUCGCAAAACACUACCAAACGCAUUCAAAUACACACAAACGCAAACUCACCCAAAAUGUAUUCACAACACGCACAAAUACCCACAUAUUCACCAACAGACGCACACAAACAUAGACACACUCAUACACCACAAAAGGAGGGAAAGGAAAGCGGGGAGCGGCAGACUGUUUGAAAGGGUGUGGAGACAGUGGCAUUUCCCAGUUUAACCCGAUCCAGUCCAGCCUCGGCCCAGCUCAGCCCAGCCCGCUCCCAUCCCCGCCGUUUAAUCGAAGAACGGGGAGACGGUUCCUACUCGAAUGGCCUAUUUUCCUUCUCGCUGUCGGGAUUGUCCUGAAUCCUUGCGUGCCCGUCCUGACCGGGAACUGAUCUACCCUCCAAGAGGCGGCAAUUUACCGCCCCGAACCCCCUCCGGUCCCCAACGGUCCCCUCCGGUUCUCCCGGGCCUGGACCGGGAGGAGACAAGCCCCGCCAGCGACCCCGGCCCGAAGAGGCUCCGGGACACGAGGGAAGUGGGAGGCUACCAGAGGGGAAAGGACGCUCCUCCUCAGGACCAGAGGCUGAGGGACCGGGAAGCCGGACAGCAGAGCCUCCAGUCACGAGGACGGUCCGGGAACAUGAGGGUCCACCCCACCCGACUCCUUCUUUUCAGCAACAACAACGACAGCAGCAGCAGCAACUCCGGUAAAAAGCGAACGGCCUCAACCCCAGGCCUCAGGUCCCUCCGACUGCGGCAGACGCGGGAUGGACGAAGGUGGAUGGAACGAAGAACGGCCGCGCCGCACCCAGCCGAUUCCGCGGCCGCCCGGGCACCCCGGCCAAGUGACAGACCCCUGUUCGGGCGGACUGGAGCGGGAAAAACACUCCUCCGAGCCCGCACCCACUUUGGGGUGUUUCCUCGGAGAAUGACAACCCCGCACUCCUCGCUCUACGCAGACAUAUAUGAGAUAUAUGCACAGUGCGUCCCGUCCUCAAAGGAAACAACGAAAAGGCCAAGCCUCAGGGCUGCGGGAGCGAGUCUGCGUGGUCGGCCGCGCGCAGCCGGGCGACGCGCUCAGCGGAGUCUAGGAAAUAACCGCCUCUGCAAAGGCUCCGGGGGGCUCCGUGCCUCGGCCUCCAGACCCGGAAUGGCACGGAACAGCAAAGUGAGGUGCGUGCAAGAAGGCGUGCUCGGGUCCGUGCGUGUUUGCCUGCGAGUGUCCUAGACGUGGUGCUGGGAAGAUGGCUUGCUUCAUUCCAUCUCAUCCGGGAAAAAUCGAGGUCUGUCUGUUGGAGCAAAACUGGGAUAUUGCCCGAGGACGACUCCCAGACUCGAGAAAUGGACUGACAGUCUUCAGAGGAACCACUCCCGGAGACCAAAUCCUUGUCUUUCUCAUCGCGGGGCAGAAAAUUAACCCGCCCGUCCACUGAUUAAUACAAUUCAGCUCUGCUUAAAAUUCAACGCGCUGUUUUGGAUGGAGCCGUAUUUUAAAAGGCUUAUAUUUGCCAUUAAGCGUGAGUGUGAAGAAAUCAGUAACUAUUCUUUUCAUCA